UUCCAAUCAUUGGCUGUCCCUAAUGGUCUUGUGGCGAACCUCUUUGGCCCAGUUGAGGGUAAACGCCAUGAUAGCGCGAUGCUUGCCCAGUCUGAUUUAUACAAUAAGCUUCAACAGCUAGAUCCCUUACCAAGUGAAAAUCCUGUUUGUAUUUACGGUGACCCUGCCUAUCCUCAUCGACCUCAAUUACAAUGCCCAUUCAAAGGAGCGAGAAUAACUCCUGAACAACAAGAAUGGAACAAAGCGAUGAGCAGCGUACGCGUAUCUGUAGAGUGGAUUUUUGGGGACAUUGUGAAUUACUUCAAAUUCAUUGACUUUAAAAAACCCCUAAAAAUUCAACUAAGUGCAGUUGGGAAAAUGUAUAUUUGUUGCACUUUACUUCAUAAUGCCAGAUGUUGUUUUUAUGGCUCAAUAACCUCACAGUUUUUUGAACUAGAACCUCCAUCCAUAAAUGAAUACUUUGUGUGA